GUCGUUUAUUGUUGUCAGUGCUAUGGUGAUAACCAGCUUUAUCAAGUAAACAAACACAAGGAAGUUACAAAACGAUAACGUGAAACUGAAAGAACACAAGUUUACGAUAGAUAUCUUCUUGAGAUUAAGAUGGAUGUGAGACGUCGAAAAGGAAGAAAAGAUGCUGGUCAUAAAAAUGAGCGAAAACAGCACAGAGGAGAAGGAGGAAGAGUUGAUAAUGUCAGAUAUACAAAACAGCAGACUUGUCAUAUAAAACAGCCAGACUUGUCUGAGUUAUCAAAGGAAGAAGAAAAUAGAAUACCAGCCAGUGAGACACUUAAACCUGUGCAAGAUGCUUCAUUUGGAUUUUGGAAUAACUUGUCAUGGAUUUUAAAUUGUACGUGCGGUUGUUUAAUAGGACUUAUAUUGGCGUGCAGUUAUUCUUGGUACAUGGAGACUCUUCAUGAGAAUGAAUAUUGGUUUACAAAUAUUGGUGAAGUAGAAAGAGAGAUUUCAUUCCGGACUGAACAAGGGUUAUAUUAUUCAUAUUACAAACAUCUGAUAAAUAGUCCAAGUAUUAAAAAAGGUUUACAACAACUAAUGAGAGACAAUCUUACUGAAUGUGGUCGUACAAUAAAUAUUUUAAACCGUUUUAAUAUUUAUCAGGAGAUAAUUCUUGCUUCUGUUUUCAAACUAUUUGUUCUAAAUCAGUACAUUGAACCAAUUUUUUUUUACACUAAAAGUGUGUUUGCUUUAAGUGGUUUUGGUUUGGGGAUGCUGUAUAUUUGUUCGUGGUUAGUAAACAAAUCUUGGUUAUCUGCUAUGUUAACGGCUGUUAUAUUCAUAUUGAAUAAGUCUGAUGCCACCAGGGUGUACUUUACGGUUCCAUUGAGGGAAAGUUUUGCUUUACCUUUUCUUUUUGCUCAAACCACAGUUCUUUGUCUUUAUAUCAAGCAUACAAGCAAACAUGUGAAUUUGGUGUUGGUAUUUUUUUUUCUAUUUUCUUUUCUCUUUGCUCUGACUUGGCAGUUUUCACAGUUUAUAUUGUUGUUUGAGACAGUAAUAUUGUUUUUCUUAUGUAUAGUGAAACUGAUUCCUGCAGAAAAAGUUCUUAAAUUACUUUUCAUUAUGUAUUUUGCAGUUCUCUGUGUAGUUUUCUUACAGUUUGGCCAAAAAAUGUUGCUUGGAGCUUUUGUAACCAGUUUUAUUCCAGUUGCUUCGUUUUACAUAUGGCUACGCUAUGCCAGAACCCAGCAUCAAGGUCAGAAACAUGUCAGUUUGUUUGCAGUCAUCAGUCUAAUUGUUUGUGUUUUUGGACUAAGUUUGGGAUUAAAUUGGUUGAUCAGGUUCUCAAUUGGCAUUAAUUCAGACACACAUAUCUUCAAGUACUUUCAAGACCGGAUAUUCUACGCUGAGUCCAAAGAUUUUGAAGCUAAGCUCUACACAUGUAACCCUGGAUUUUACUUCAUAGAUACUGAGUUUUUUUGGCGAUUAACUGGAAACUUUUUGUUCCCUUCUUACUUAAUCACCAUAUUUUUGGUCUCUCAUGCAGGAACUUUCUAUUUCUGUAAAAUUAUAUCUUUCAUCAAAAAAACUCAUGAAAAUUAUAGAAUGUUAGACUUUUCAGCAUGGCUCACAAAAAGACCUGAGAUUAUCUUUAUUUCAUUGUUUAGCAUUUUACUAGGUUUUCUUGCUUGUUUUAUUCUUAGAAUGAAGUUUUUAUGGGUGCCCUAUAUGUGUGUUUUAGCACCAUUGGUGUUCUCAGACCUCCAGAUCUGGUCCUUAAAUGAUUCCAAGAGUCUGAGAUUUUUACUAGUGAAAUCUGCAUCUAUGAUAAUUAAAGUUUCCUUCGUAGGAAUUGUCUGUUACAAACUUUAUAACACUGUUCAAGAAGAAAUGAUAGAUCUCAAGGAAUUUUGGGACCCAGACACUGUUGAAUUGAUGGAAUGGAUCAAGACUAAGACUCCAUCAGGAGCAGUUUUUGCUGGUAGCAUGCAACUUAUGGCUGGUGUCAAGUUAUGUACUGGACGGCCUAUCACAAACCAUCCACACUUUGAAGACAAGUGGUUGAGGGAACGCACAAAACAGGUCUAUCAGAUAUAUAGUAGAAGAGAUCCUGAAUAUGUUCAUCAUCUUCUUGAAGAUAUUGGUGCUUCAUACAUCAUUCUAGAAGACAGCAUUUGUCUUGCCCCUCCUAGAGAUGGUUGCACUCUUCCAGAGAUAAUGGACAUCCACAAUAAGAAUUCUUAUGAUUACUUUUUGGGUAAAAGUAGUAUAGAAACUUCACAAUCACUUUUCUGUGAUGCAGUUCGCUAUUUAAAACCACCUUAUUCCAAAUAUUUUGCAUUAGUUUUUCAAAAUAAAACCUUCAGAGUUUACACUGUUCUUCACACAAAAAAACAGUGAAGUAAUCAGCACUAAACAAACAGGUUUUUCAAAGCUUUAUGUUAAGGAUUAUUGAGAAUCUCAACUUUCUUGUAAUUAAUUUUGAAUUUGUCUAAUACAAAAAACGACUUCAAUUUAAAAAGAAACUUAAAAAAAUCACUAUAUGUUGAACUUUCUGUUAAUGAGAAAAAAAUACAUAUUAAACAAUAUGACUUACAACAUAUUUCAGUUGAUAUAACUAAAUUAUUUAUACAUAUAUACUUAAUGUUUUUGCAUAGAAGUUGAUCCUUUAACUACAUGAUCUUAGCAUGUAAAAUUUCAUUAACUUUUCUAGAAAAUCAGAUUGGUAUGAAAUUAGUUAUUGAACUAUAAUUGUCAAAUUGUAGCUAACAAGUAUAUGGAAAAUUGUGAAAUUAAUAACAAAAAUUCAGAACUGUUUGUAAGUUGUAAGUUCUUAUAUAAUGUAUAAUAAUUUUUAAUCUUAAACUUUGUGAGAUUUUAUUAAUUUAUAAUAAAUGUUUGUGAAUACAAAUCAUGGGAGAUUAGGAAUGUUAUUGUUUAACAAAAUAUCAGACUAAAGCUCUGUGUUUUUCAUUUAUCUAAGAACAUACAUGUUAAACCAGUUUGAUACCUAUGUGUAUAAAUCUCAAUCGUAAAUUUCAGUUUGUGAUAAUGUAAUUUGUGAACAAUUAUUUUAUGGUUGUUCAUUACUCAAGUUAUAUUUGCUCAUCCAUCUUUAUGUAUGUAAAUGCAGGAAGAAAACUUGUAUUAGAUAUAAUCACUAUUUGUUUGAAAGGAGAUGUUCCAAGUGAAAUCAAAUACCAUAUUCUAUUUGAAUGGCUUAAAUGGCAGCAGGGCCGGUCCUUAGAGUGGGGUGCAGUGAGUGUGAGGCACCUGGGCCCCAAAUACAAAUCAUAUUUUUAGUGAGGUAUUUUUAAUAAACCAAAAAAUAAGAUUUGUCCCUGAAUAUAUCGAGUAUUUUUUUUACUAGACCGUGUGGAAAAUGAUUUUCAUAUUAAGAUUAAAAAUACUUUUCUUUAUCUCAAAAUUAAUUUGCAUAAUCUCUAAAACCUCCUAAAUACAUUCCAAAUGUUUGUUUUCAGUAAAAAUCUGUAUUUUAUCUCUUAUUUUCUCUAUCCUAACUCUAUACAAUGCUGGUCAAUUUGACCAAUCUUGUAACCACCAAGAAAAAAUCUAAAUUACUGCUGCAAUUUGAAAAAAACCUCAUAGAAGAAUGAGCCAGUGAUAGUGCAAGAAAAUUUAAUUUCACUUGAACUAGAAUUUGGUAAGUACAUUUUCUUUUUCAUUGUUAUUAUUGCAUCUAGUUCCAUUUUUUUUAUGUUUGAAAACUGGGUAGGUCAUUACUAAAAUUGAGUUUCAGAUAUUUCUUUGUCUCUAAUCUCCCUAUCUCUCAUAUAUCCUUAUAU